GCGCUUCCUGGGCCGGUGGCCGCGGGGCCGCAGCACCGAGCAGCCUCUCGCGGCCGAGCCAUGCCGGCCGCACGCGUGGAGUACAUCGCGCCCUGGUGGGUGGUGUGGCUGCACAGCGUCCCGCACCUCGACCUGCGCCUGCACCGGGUGGACAGCACCUUCAGCCCCCGCGAUGAGCACUACCAGGAGUCGCUGCUGUUCCUGGGGCUGGUGGCCGCCGUCUGCCUGGGCCUGAACCUCAUCUUACUCACGGCCUAUCUGAUCUGCGUGUGCUGCUGCAGACAGGACGGCGCAGAGCAAACCAAGCAGCGCAAGUCUUGCUGUGUCACCUGGUCAGCCGUGCUGGCCGGGCUCGUCUGCUGUGCUGCGGUAGGCGUUGGUUUCUAUGGAAACAGUGAGACCAACGACGGGGUGUACCAGCUGAUGUACUCCUUGAACAACGCGAACCACACCUUCUCCGGGAUCGACAUGCUGGUGUCCGGAAUCACCCAGAAGAUGAAGGUGGACCUAGAGCAGCACCUGGCCCGACUUAGUGAGAUCUUUGCCACCCGGGGCGACUACCUCCAGACACUGAGGUUCAUGCAGCAGAUGGCCGGCAACAUUGUCGUCCAGCUGUCAAGGGUGCCCGUGUGGACAGAGGUCACAGCCGAGCUGACCGAGCUGGCUGACCAGACCGGUUACGUGGAGUACUACAGGUGGCUUUCCUACCUCCUGCUCUUCAUACUGGACCUGGUCAUCUGCUUCAUUGCCUGCCUGGGACUGGCCAGGCGCUCCAGGUGUCUCCUGGCCUCGACGCUGUGCUGCGGGCUGCUGGCCCUGCUCCUCAGCUGGACGUCCCUGGCCACGGACUCCGCCGCAGCAGUGGGCACCAGUGACUUCUGCGCAGCUCCUGACACCUUCCUCCUGAACAUGACAAAGAGCCAGCUCAGCACAGAGGUGACCCGCUACUACCUGCACUGCAGUCAGAGCAUAAGCAGCCCCUUCCAGCAGGCACUGACCGUCUUCCAGCGCUCGCUGACCACCAUGCAGAUCCAGGUGGCGGGACUGCUGCAGUUUGCUGUGCCCGUCUUCCCCACGGCAGAGAAUGAUCUGCUCAGAAUCCAGCUCCUGUUAAAUUCCUCGGAACCCAGCCUUCACCAGCUGACAGCCAUGCUGGAUUGCCGAGGGCUGCACAAGGACUACCUGGAUGCCCUCGCUGGCAUCUGCUACGACGGCAUCGAGGGCUUGCUCUACCUCGGCCUCUUCUCCCUCCUGGCUGCCCUGGCCUUCUCCACCAUGAUCUGCGCGGGCCUGCAGGCCUGGAAGCGCUUCACCACCAGGGAGAGAGACUACGAUGACAUUGAUGAAGACGACCCCUUCAACCCCCAGGCCCGGCGCAUUGCCGCCCAUAACCCGCCUCGGGGGCAGCUCCACAGCUUCUGCAGCUACAGCAGCGGCCUGGGCAGCCAGGCCAGCCUGCAGCCGCCAGCCCAGACCAUCUCCAACGCGCCUGUCUCAGAGUACAUGAACCAAGCAGUGCUCUUCGGUGGGACCCCCCGCUACGAGAACAUGCCACUCAUUGGGAGAGGCUCCCCGCCUCCCACGUACACUCCCAGCAUGAGGGCCACCUACCUGUCCCUGGCAGAUGAACACCUGCGGCACUACGGCAAUGAGUUUCCAGCCUAACAGCCUUUCAGAGGGCCCUGCCUCCUUGAUCCGUUUUGGUUUGUCAUGAAUUCACAUGAGAGCUGCGUUUCUUCAAUAGAAACCAAAGGCACGUGGACGCUGCUUGCAGGACGGGAUGGGUCCUGUUCCCACUGAGGAGCCACCGAGAGUCCGGCAGCGUCACCCCAGCUCGGCUGCCCCAGGCAGACGGAAGACCAGCCUCUCCCUCUCCAGCCUCCUCUCCACACCAGAAACAGGUCCUUUCAGUGUAAGAGCUGAGUGCUCUGAGGUCCAUCAGCUGCUUGGCUGUCCCUAAGCGGGCAGCCUGGUUCGGCUCACCCCACACCCCGCCCUCGCCAGGUGGGGAGGAGCAGUGAGGAGGGGCUAGGCCAAGCGAUCUCUCUCUCUCUCUCUCUCUCUCUCUCUCUGAGUUACCCGUCUCCUCCUGGCUGCAUGGAUGGGUCGCAUUUUCCUGUGGGUAAAGGCAGAAUGCUGAUCUAGAGGUGCUUUUAAGGAAGGCAAUGUCCUCAGUGAGACCAGAAACUGUCCAAAUCAGCCCCCCGGAGCUUGGGGGCCCCUUCUGAGCCACAGUGGGGAGGUGCUCUGCAUCGGAGGCAGGGGGCCCCAGGGCCAGGGGACCGCAGCCUCAUGCCUGGCAGGUUUCUACAGGGACACCCGGCGGGAGUAGGGGAGACUGCCAGCCUCGCUGCGACCCUCCCUUCCAAAAGCGAUGCUGCGGUGGUUCACAGCAGACAGGGACGGUCUCAGGUAUUAACACACUUUGAAAGCAACUGUAACUCUUUUUUUUUCCCCAGUGUUUUACAUACUUUGAUUAUCCAAAGAGUUGAACCUCAAAGCACAUCCCGUUUUUAUAACAGACUUGGGGCCCGUUCCAUACACUAGAUUUAUGUCGCAUCCCUCUUCAGAUUUUGCUGACACCCGCCAGCUCUUUAAGGAUCCAGGGUUGGGGGAGGGGGGACUUUAAACAAAGUAAAGAUGAGACUUCCAGUCCUAAGCUGCUGUUUGAUGGGAACGUGUGUCCAUCCCCCUCCCCCAAGAUCCUUUAAGAGAGGAAGGAAGGGCAAGCAGCAUGGACGGCCCCCUCCAGGGGAAUGGCCAGCCAGUGUUCCCCUCCCUUUUGUCUUCAAGUGAGUUUGUCCGUAAAGGUUUUAGCAAAGCUGGAGAACUGUGUCUUGAAACGAAGACAGAUGUCUUCCCUACCUCCCCCACCUCCCUGUCCCCACCCCAUUGUCCCAGGCCCCCAUACUGUACCUGCUGGGUGAGAAGGAGCUUGUUCACCAGGAGAAACUAAUAACCCAUCAUUCUGCCUGUUGAGGAGCUGGGGUCAGGGUCUUCGGCGCUGCCAACAUCCUGCCAACUCGGAGUAUCAGCACGGAAGCCUCCACUGCCUCACACGCCAAAGCAGGGACACUGGGUGGCAUGGCUUGGGACAGGGGCUCUGUUUCCAUUUUGGAAGAGCCACCUUCUCCUCAAAACAAUGACAGCAGAGUGGUUCUCAGCCCCCAGCCAAGCCCCCAUAACGCAAUGGGGCCGCAGGGCAACCAGCACUCUCAGCUGCAUUAAACCUCUACGAACCGUGUACCAUAAACACACCUUUGUAUGGCCACGUCGUGGACAGGUAGAAGCCCCGUGACAACAAGCUGUUGCUUCUUAAUCUUUCAUUAUUGGCCACUAGAGAGUUGUUUUUAAUGCAUGAAAACUAAACUAGAACCCGUGCGUGGUUCCUGGAGGAGCCAGGCAGGCACCGCUCUGCUUGGUGCCUGCGCGCCCUCGCCGG